AUGUCACAAGACACGGGCCUGUGGAGUGUAAGGCGGCCCAGAGAGACCCUCGGAGGCAUCAGCUACAACUCGUCCGCCAUCCCGCAGCCUCCCUCCGCCAUGAAGCGUUCGCACUCUUCGUCCAUGGGCGGCGCGGGCGCCCCCUACUCAUCGAGCCAUACCCGCUCCGUCUCGGGAUCUAGGCAGUCCCUGGCGAUGUCGAGGCCGCCGCAGCCCAUGUUUACCCGCUCCUCCUUCGGCGGCAACCUCGCAGCAGACAUGGCCGGUCCGUCCUCUAUCAAGCGCAUGUCCUACCAACCCAACAGCACGUCCACUCUCAAGUCCUACACUCCUGGCAGUAUGCCCGGCCGCAUAUCUACAGAAGGCGAUCGUAGGAGCAGUGUCUACCGCGCGCGAACCUCGACCCACGCCCAUAUGGGCGGCCACCAGAGCUUCUUCCAGCAGGCUCCUCAGCCUGCCGGCGUGCCUCGUGACCCGCGGCCCCUCAAAGACCGCGCCUACCAGACCAGGAUAGGGCAGGAACUGCUGGACUACCUGGCCCAAAACAACUUCGAGCUGGAGAUGAAGCACGUCCUCUCGCAGAACGUGAUCAAGUCGCCGACCCAGAAGGACUUCAACUACAUGUUCCAGUGGCUCUAUCACCGCAUCGACCCGAGCUAUCGCUUCCUGAAGAACAUCGACCAGGAGGUCCCGCCCCUGCUGAAACAGCUCCGCUAUCCGUACGAGAAGGGCAUCACCAAGAGCCAGAUCGCCGCCGUCGGAGGCCAGAACUGGUACAUGUUCCUGGGCGUCCUGCACUGGAUGAUGCAGCUGGCCCAGAUGCUCGAGGCAUACUCGCUCAACCGCUACGAGGAUGCUUGUCUCGAGGCCGGUGUCGAUGUUAUCGGGGACCACAUCACAUUCGAUUUUCUGGGCAGGGCAUACGACGACUGGCUCGGCAUGCCUGAAGAUUCGAGCGAGGAGCACGCCAAAAAGGCGCUGGCUCCUCACGUGGAGCACAUGGCGGAGCAGUUCGAGGCAUCCAAUGGCAAGUACCAACAGGAGUUGCAGAUGCUGGAGGCCGAAAACGCGCGGCUGCUGCAAGAAAUCGAGGAUCUGGAGAAGAUGACGCCGGACCCCGCCGUGCUCGACAACCACCACCAGAUUAUGGAGGAGGACAGGGUCAAGUUCGAAGAAUACAACACCCUGGCCGUGCAGAGGUCGGAAAAGUACGAGAGCAGGAUACAGGUGCUGCUGGAGGAGCUGGAGAAGAUGUCGCAAGAGCUGCACGAGGCCGAGGAGGAGCGGCGGGGCCUGCAGAAGGUGGUCGACGACCAGGGGAUCAGUAUGGCGGAUAUCGACCGCAUGACCUCGGAGCGCGAACGGCUACAAAAAGGCAUCGAGUCCGCGAGCCAGCGGCUGGACGAGGUCAAGAAGAAGGUGGCGGACAAGGAGAUGGAAGCCAGCAGGAAACUCGACGACCUCGAGCGCAUGGUGGACCGGUACAACACGCUGGCGUACCAGAUUGGCCUGAUGCCGGCGACAGCGGCCAACGCCAAGGGCAAGGACUACGAGCUGCGGGUGACGGUGAACGAGGGCCCCAACUUCACGGCCUCGCAGCUCAAGGGCUCCUACGCGGACGGUUUCGAGAACGAGCGGCUCCUGGCCGACCCACACACAGGCUACCAGCCGGCGCACAUCCUGAACCUAGACCUGCGGGGCCAGGUUAAGAACGCCUUCGCAGCGCUGCGCAAGGAGAUCUCGGAGCGCCGCAGCGCGUCGAUGGACACCAUGAUGAAGGACUACGAGCUGCUGGACAACAUCAAGGAGGCCAUGGAGGACAAGCGCAAUGAGGUCGAGGCCCUGGAGCACCGGGUGCGUGCGGCUGAGGAGGAGCACGAGAAGACCAAGGAGGUCACCAAUGCGCAGCGCAUGGCGUCGGACGCGCAAAUCGAGAAGAUGGAGAAGGAGCUUGCCAAGAUGCGGGCGAGCCUUAGCGAGAGCGUGCAGCUCAUGGAGCAGAGAGAGAUGAACGUGAACAUCGAGUACGAGCAGCUGACGAUCCGGGCGAAUGCGCUCCGAGAGGAGCUGCACACUGAGAUCAUGCGCAUGCUGAACGACACCAUCAAGUUCAAGAUGCACGUCCAGAAGAGUCUUGAGGACUACGAGGGCUUCGUCGCUGAUGAGCUGGAGAAGGAGCUUGCGACCGAGGAGCCGGCCGGCGAUGCGGCGAUGGACGAGGACUGA